CCAUUGUUGACGUCACGAUCCCGCCGUUGGCGUCAGUAACAACGUAUAAACAAGAUGGCGCCGCCAUAACCACAGUCGUUUCUUCAUUUUUUUAUCAUUUUUUUUCUCCACCUAAUGCACGGAAAGGCAUUCGAGAUAGUCGGGAGAUGUACAAAGUGUUAUGGAGACAGUCAAAAAGCAUACAAGAGGGCGCAGAUUCAGCAAAUGGCUAAGGUGGCUUCAGAAUACCAAGCGGCUUACAAAGAGUGGGCGUGGCAUCCCAGGGCGCAGAGCAUGAAACCCCAUGAACAAACGGUGGCGUCCGCUGACAAGACGAGGUCUCAAAUGGAACGUAAAACGACCUACGGAAUAGACUUCGUAAACCAUCCGCUGCCGAAGAAGAUUUCGCUUAAGAAACACAAGACGAAAGUGAAACGGUCAUCGGAUGUUGUUAAAGAUGAUACACAAUACCAGUUAUACUUUCCAAAGAAAUCAGUGGUCAGCAGCUUGCAAAGUUCAAAUAUAGCAAAUGCCAAGGUCAUCUAUCCAUCUAAUAGCCAGCCAUUUCAAGACGACACCAUAUAUAAUAAUACAUAUCGCUAUUAUGACGUCGCCACAGUGACAGCCAGCCAACAAUCUCCGACCAAAGGAAAGGACUGUAUAGACAUUUCCAUAAAUCAUAAACCAGUUAUGCAGGAAGAAGAGCAAACGGCCAUAGUUCACCGACCUGAACGAUUAAACACUGCAGAAGAGAAAGACGAAUCUAAAGAGGAAUUCUAUACAAUGUAUUACGUAAGGCCGGGUUCCAGCCCCCAGAACUCAAAGUAUAAAGCAAUAUCAACGGCGAUGGCUGAUUUUACUAUACCAGAGGGCUUUGAGAGACCUGUGCCAUGUUGCCCACCACCCGCUCAUGACCACUUUGGCAAAGGGAAGUUUGACGGAACUACAACAUUCAGCGAGGCAUACAAACCGUUUCCGGUGCAUCCGUACGAACUGCCUAUCUGGGCGAAAAAAUUGAAGUACAAACGUCCGGAGGGAGGAAUGCUUGCCAAUUCAGUGUACAUGCAUGACUAUCGGGAUCCAGGGGUGGUUAAACCUCAAACCCCUAUAAAACCAAAAGGCAACAUUAUUACCAAAAAGGCAAAGAAAGACACCGAGUUCGAGAAAAUGUCCACAUAUAAAUACGACUUCAAGCAGUGGGAAAAUGUGCGACCCAGGGAGACAUACCGAAUCAUUGAGGUCUAUCUACCACCAAAGGAAAAGAUGAUGUUUGAGACAAAUAAUAGAUCGGAUUUUAAAGGUGAGAAAGCUGACAAGAUGAAACCCUGUCGUCACAUCUCGCAGCACCGGGAACUUGAUACUAACAGUGUGAUGACUUUCUUCACCACCUAUGACGAGACCUAUCGGAAUCCACGUCCAAAGAAGCCGUCUUCCGGAUCUGCAACUUCCGUUUCCGGUCAUCGCAGAUCCUGCUCUGCUAAAUCUGUACCCGCGGAACAAACAAAAACAUCCAGGCCAGCGACAUCGAAAAGUAUUCCAGCUCCCGACUUGAGUUCUGCGCCUGUUUUGAACUCUCGUCCUGCGUCAGCAGAUGCACCCGCCAAUAAUUCUUUGAUCAAUAGGCAUGUAGACAUCCUUACAGUGAACCCGUGUUGUGACCAGUGCGCCAAGUCUAAACAGGAAUGUACAUGUGUGCAGAAUAUAUAGCUUUGUAAAUUUGAACAGUCCUUUUUAUUAUUUUAUCAAUUCUCAGUCUUGUUGACAAAUUUUAUGAAAGGUAUACAUGUGUCUUUUUAAAGUACUUUUUACAUUUUGGAUUUUAUUCAAUUCAUGUAUAGAAUAUAGUUUUCUUUCUUAAGAUGCACUUUACACUCCAAAUUUUAGACUUUACAGAAAUACCAAGUUUUAUUCUGAAAAAUCCAUUUUAUUGUCAUACUAGAAAUAACCACAAUCAAAUAUA